UCCCUUCGCCAUUUUUUUUUUCGCCAGAAGGAGAAACAUCGCUCAUCUCAUAGGCAUGUAGAUCGCAAUUCUAAACCUCUACGCAUUUCCAUUUCCAUAUCCAUUUCCACAGCUCUCACACACUACCAUGUUUGCUUCUCAAUCGCUGGGGGGUCCUUCGCGCUGCGGCCGCGUCCUCGGGCCUUCACUCGAUAAGAUUGUAAAAAAUGCCGCUUGGCGGAAGCACUCCCACCUUGUCUCCGCUUGCAAAUCCGCUCUAGAUAAGCUUGUUUCACUCACCGAUUCUUCUUCUCAUCUUAAUUCCUGCUCUCCUCUCCUCGGUGUCUCUCCCUCCGUCGCAGAAUUUCUUCUUCAGCCCUUACUUCUCGCCUUAGAUUCCGCCUACGCUAGGGUCGUCGAGCCUGCCCUCGAAUGUGUCUUCAAGCUAUUCUCUCUGGGCCUCCUCCGUGGUGAGGUUGAUGCCAAUCCCUCUGUUUAUACUGUCGUGUUUAAAAUGAUUGAGAGUGUCCGCAAGGUUUGCAGCAUUGGAGAGGAAGCUGUCGAGCUUGCCGUGCUUAGAGUUUUGCUUGCCGCUGUGAGAUCUCCCUGCGUUUUGAUUCGCGGUGAGUGUUUGUUGAAUCUUGUUAGGACUUGUUACAAUGUGUAUCUUAGUGGCUUGAGUGGGACCAAUCAGAUUUGUGCAAAAACUGUCCUUGCCCAGAUCAUGCUUAUUGUUUUUACACGGGUUGAGGAGGAUUCCUUGGAUGUUAGUGUUAAAACUGUUUCCGUAAGUGAAUUGUUGGAAUUUACGGAUAAGAGUUUGAAUGAGGGCAACUCCAUAUAUUUCUGCCAGAAUUUUGUUUAUGAGAUUAUGGGAGCUAGUGAGGGGGUUCCGGAUGCCAAAUUGUUGUUGCAUAUUCCAUCUACAAUAGUGAAGAAUGGUAGUGAGGACGGUCCCGUUGCUGUUGGUGAUGCCAAGGUGACGAAUGGGAAUGAUAAAGAUGAACUGGGUGAUAGUAGAGAAGCGAAUGAUUGUGCUGAAUUUGGGGGAAGUAAGAUUAGGGAGGAUGGUUUUAUUCUUUUUAGAAAUCUAUGCAAACUGUCAAUGAAAUUCGCAUCUCACGAGAACCCAGAUGAUCAAAUUAUUCUGAGAGGUAAGAUAUUGUCACUGGAGUUGCUCAAGGUGGUCAUGGAUAAUGGUGGUCUGAUUUGGCUCAACAAUGAAAGGUUUCUCAAUGCUGUUAAGCAAUACCUUUGCUUGUCAUUAUUAAAGAACAGUGCCUUGUCAGUCAUGGCUAUUUUUCAGCUUCAGUGUUCUAUCUUUAUGAACUUGUUAUCAAAGUUCAGAUCAGGAUUGAAGGAAGAAAUUGGAAUAUUCUUUUCCAUGCUCAUCCUCAGGGUGCUUGAGAAUGUUAACCAACCUAGUUUUUUACAGAAAAUGAUUGUCCUCAAUUUUCUGGAGGAGAUUGCUCAGGAAUCACAGAUUAUAGUUGAUGUUUUUGUGAAUUAUGACUGUGAUGUGGAUGCUCCAAACAUAUAUGAAAGGAUUGUCAAUGGCCUGUUGAAAACUGCUCUAGGACCACCUCCUGGUUCAACCACAACUUUAUCUUCUGCGCAGGAUAAUACUUUUCGGCAUGAAUCUGUGAAGUGUUUGGUUGGCAUCAUCAAAUCAAUGGGUGCUUGGAUGGAUCAACAAUUGAGAAUUGGAGAGUCUGAUGAGCCUAAGAGCAAGGAGAGUGAUGCUUCAACAGAGAACCAUUCAAAUGCCAGUGUGGAAGAGGCAAGGAGCUCUGAUUAUGAUUUACAAGCAGAAAUGAACUCUGAAAUCUCAGGUGCUGCCAGCCUUGAACAGCGUCGUGCUUAUAAAAUCGAACUCCAGAAAGGUAUCUCCGUAUUCAAUAGGAAACCUUCCAAGGGCAUUGAGUUUCUGAUAAACAGCAAAAAAAUUGGUGGUUCUCCAGAAGAAGUUGCUGCCUUCCUGAAAAACACUACUGGCCUAAAUGAAACCUUGAUCGGUGACUAUUUGGGUGAAAGAGAUGAGUUUUGUCUGAGAGUUAUGCAUGCUUAUGUAGACUCGUUUAAUUUUAAGGCAAUGGAUUUUGGUGAAGGAUUAAGGUUUUUCUUGCGGGGCUUCAGGUUACCUGGAGAGGCGCAGAAGAUUGACCGCAUCAUGGAAAAGUUUGCAGAGCGCUACUGUAAAUGCAAUCCAAAUUCAUUUACUAGUGCAAAUACAGCCUAUGUUCUUGCUUACUCUGUGAUAAUGCUCAACACGGAUGCUCAUAACAGCAUGGUGAAAGAUAAGAUGACUAAAGCUGAUUUCAUACGAAACAACCGUGGAAUAGAUGAUGGCAAGGAUUUACCUGAAGAGUAUAUGGGUACCCUCUAUGAUAAAAUUGUGAAAAACGAAAUUAAAAUGAAUUCUGAUUCUUCUGCUCCACAAAGCAAACAGGCAAAUAGCUUAAAUAAGCUUUUGGGUUUGGAUGGUAUACUCAAUUUAGUCACUUGGAAUCAAACUGAAGAAAGGCCAUUAGGAGCAAAUGGACUUCUCAUAAGGCACAUCCAAGAACAGUUCAAGGCAAAGUCAGGAAAAUCAGAGUCUGUAUUUCAUAUUGUAACAGAUGCAGCAAUCUUGAGGUUCAUGGUUGAGGUCUGCUGGGGCCCUAUGCUGGCAGCAUUUAGCAUGACCCUCGGCCAGAGUGAUGAUAAACAUGCUACAUCUCAGUGCUUACAGGGUUUUCGUUAUGGAGUGCAUGUUACUGCCGUAAUGGGAAUGCAGACACAGAGAGAUGCUUUAGUAACAUCUGUGGCCAAGUUUACAUAUCUCCAUAAUGCUGCAGAUAUGAAGCAAAAAAAUGUUGAUGCAGUGAAGGCAAUUAUAUCAAUUGCAAUUGAAGAUGGUAAUCAUCUUCAGGAGGCUUGGGAGCAUAUUUUAACGUGCCUAUCCAGAAUUGAGCAUCUGCAGCUGCUGGGAGAGGGUGCACCUCCUGAUGCAUCUUUCUUCACUGCAUCCAAUGUUGAAGCAGAUGAAAAAAUAUUGAAGUCAAUGGGUUAUCCAUCUCUAAAGAGAAAGGAUUCCCUCCGAAAUCCAGCUGUAAUGGCUGUUGUUAGAGGUGGUUCAUAUGACAGCGCUAGUGUUGGAGAGAAUUCUCCAGGAUCAGUUACUGCACAGAAGAUCAGUCACUUCAUCUCGAAUUUGAAUUUGCUUGACCAGAUAGGGAAUUUUGAGUUGAACCAUGUAUUUUCUAAUAGCCAGAGGUUGAACAGUGAAGCAAUAGUAGCUUUUGUAAAAGCGCUUUGCAAAGUUUCAAUGGCAGAGUUGCAGUCCCCAAAAGAUCCUCGUGUAUUUAGCCUCACCAAAAUUGUUGAAAUUGCGCAUUACAAUAUGAAUCGCAUCAGAAUAGUUUGGUCCAGAAUAUGGAAUGUUUUAUCCGAUUUUUUUGUAUCAGUUGGCCUGUCAGAAAAUCUUUCUGUUGCAAUUUUCGUUAUGGAUUCCCUGCGGCAGCUUGCUAUGAAAUUCUUAGAGCGUGAGGAGCUGGCAAACUACAAUUUCCAGAAUGAAUUUCUGAGGCCAUUUGCGAUUGUCAUGCAGAAGAGCAGCUCUACUGAAAUUAGGGAACUAAUUGUUCGUUGUAUUUCACAAAUGGUCCUUAGUCGGGUUAAUAAUGUGAAAUCUGGCUGGAAAAGUGUUUUUAUGGUUUUUACAGCUGCUGCAGCUGAUGAGCGAAAAAAUAUUGUCUUGUUGGCAUUUGAGACCAUGGAAAAAAUAGUGCGGGAAUAUUUCCCUUAUAUAACUGAGACAGAGACAACUAUUUUCACAGAUUGUGUUAGAUGCCUUACAACCUUCACAAAUAGCAGAUUUAAUAGUGAUGUAAGCCUCAAUGCCAUUGCCUUUCUCCGAUAUUGCGCUGUCAAACUUGCAGACGGUGGACUUGCUGGAAAUGAAAAGAGGAGGGCCGAUGAUUCAUCCACUUCAGUGGUAAAUGAGGUUGCUUCAGAUAUACAGGACUUAAGCGACAAAGAUGAUCAUGCAUCUUUUUGGAUUCCAUUACUCGCAGGGUUAUCAAAACUAACAUCUGAUACCAGAUCAGCCAUUCGAAAGAGUGCUUUGGAAGUGCUAUUUAACAUUCUUAAUGAUCAUGGUCAUCUUUUCUCACGAUCACUUUGGUUUGAUGUUUUCAACUCUGUUAUUUUACCCAUAUUCAGUGGCACAUGUGACAAGAAAGAAAGUUUUAUUAAAGACGGUCAGCAUUCACCAACUUCAUCAACUCCUCAUCUGGAAGGAAUCACAUGGGAUCCUGACACUUCUCCAGUGGCAGCACAGUGUCUGGUAGAUUUGUUUAUUAGCUUUUUCAAAACUGUAAGGUCUCAACUAUCGAGUCUGGUAGCAAUACUGACUGGAUUCAUUAGAAGUCCCAUUCAAGGGCCUGCUAGAGCUGGGGUUGCUGCAUUAUUGCGGUUAGCAGGUCAACUGGGCAGGUUACUUUCUGAGGCUGAAUGGAGAGAGAUCUUUCUAGCUCUGAAGGAAGCUGCUGCAUCGACAUUGCCUGGUUUUUUGAAGGUUUUAAGAAGCAUGGAUGAUAUUGAGAUUCCUGGUAGCUCUGAAUCUUAUGCCGAUGUUGGUAUCUCUUCUGAUCAUGGCUUCACCAAUGAGGAUCUCGAGGAUGCCAAUCUUCUAACUGCAUCUUAUGUGGUUUCUAGAGUAAAGAGCCACAUUGCUGUGCAACUACUAAUCAUUCAGGUUGUAACUGAUUUGAGCAAGGCACAUCUACAAUUCUUAUCAGCGGCCAACAUUGAAAUUAUUCUUGAUAUAUUCUCGUCCACUGCAACGCAUUCCCGCCAACUGAACUCCGAGAUCAUUCUGCUUAAAAAACUAGAUAAAGCAUGCUCAAUACUGGAGCUCUCCUAUCCUCCCAUGGUUCGUUUUGAAAAUGAGUCAUAUCAAAGUUACCUGAACUUCCUUCAUGAUUUGCUAGUAGAUAAUUCAUCCAUCUCUAAGGAGUUAGAUGUAGAUUUGAAAAUUGUGGAAGUAUGUGAAAAAAUAAUGCAUGUAUAUCUGAACUGCAAUGGGUCGCAAUCUGCACAUCAGGAACAGGAACCCGUUAAUAAGCUGGUGGUACACUGGAUUCUUCCAUUGGGAUCAACCGAAAAGGAAGCAUCUGCAGCAAGAACUACUUUGCUUGUGUCAGCUUUGCAUUUACUAAGCAAUUUAAACGGGGAGUCGUAUAGAAGGUACGUGUCGCGAUUCUUUCCUUUGUUAGUAGAUCUUGUGCAAAGUGAGCAUAGUUCUCGAGACGUACAUCAGGUUCUAAGCAACAUUUUCCAGUCAUGUAUAGGCCAGGUACUUAUGUGAUGAAAUCUUAUUACUUUAGUAUUACACACAAGAUUAAUUGGAAUAGCAGCAAUAGCAAUAAAGAUAAUUUUUUUUGGUUCA